AUUUUGAAUAAGAAUUGCACCGGAUAUUGCGUAUAUUUUGAGGUUGUUAUUCAGAUGGUGUGUCCGGGACUACAGAAGGCAAUGUUAUGUUACGUCUUCGAGACAUUCCGGCUUCAAUAACAUGAGAAUAAACGCCACCUGGCUGUCAUGGAAUCAUCGUUGUUCGAGAGCCGCUUGGAACUCGUGGCGCGAGAACGCAGCGGACAUACGGCGGUGGUGGAGGGCGACCUGCUGUACGUGUGGGGCGGCUACAUGUCUCUUGAUGACGAUGAAGUGUUCCUCCCCAGUGAUGAAUUCUGGGUGUAUGACCUGGUACAAGGCGCAUGGCAGGUGUUCCACAUGACAGGCGAAGUCCCGCCCUCCAUGUCAGGGAGCUGCAGCUGUUCCCUAAAUGGUCACAUGUACAUAUUUGGAGGUUGUGAUGACAACGGUCAGACCAAUCAGAUCUAUCGCGUGAAGCUGUCAGGUGAUCAUUACGCAUGGACCAAAGUCGUGCACCGCGUCGGUUCCGCACCGUCGCCUCGAGACAAACUGUCCUGCUGGGUUCACAAAGGAAGGAUCAUCUACUUUGGAGGAUAUGGUCACAAAUUGGUGGCAGAAGUGGACAGAAGAAACAGGAGCUUCAUUGUAGAUGAUAUAUCGGAGGGCGUCAUGUGGGGAUGGAACAACGAGGUUCACAUGUUUGAUCCCACGCAAUCCAGUUGGGGUCAACCUCAAACACACGGCCGCGCCCCGGCCCCCCGAGCGGCCCAGGCCUGCGCCAUGCUCGGAAAUCGAGGUUACAUUUGUGGCGGGAGAGUUAAGGAAACCCGAAAAAAUGACAUUCACUGCUUGGACCUUGACUCUUGGAUGUGGUCAGAAAUAGUCCCUGUGUCCAGCGUUCCAGUGGGCAGGUCAUGGCAUUCGCUCACAGCGGCGUCGGACAGCAGCUUGUUUUUAUUUGGAGGUCUCAGUGUGGACUGCAAACCUAUGAGUGACGGGUGGGUCUUCGAUGUGGAGACAAAGACAUGGGGGGAAGUGGAGCAUCCCUUUAAGAACAAACCAAGGUUAUGGCACACGGCUUGUCCAGGCAAGGACUCUGAUGUCAUCGUGUUUGGAGGCAGCUGUGAUUACAUCCUCCUUGUUGACACUGGCCACUGCAAUGAUGCACUCGUCUUCCAGAUGGCGCCAUACCCACUCUUCAGAAUUUGCGAGGACUACAUAGCAAAGAACGCACGCGAGUAUGACGCGCUCCGAAAGCAGCUUCCACUUCUUCCUCCCAAACUGUGCGCAUCAGUGAGGAGGAGAAUGUCUUUCUACAGGCCUUCAAAGAAACAACACACGCAAGUUUUCUGAAUGCCAACAACCAUGCAGUUUAUUAUUAUGAUUGCUUUUUUUUUUUUUUUUUUUUUUUUUUUUGAAAUAUAGUUCUGUGAUUUAUUUUUAACAUUUAACCUUGAAUGUGGGAGAGCAAAUUUGUCUUAUGUUCAAAUACAUGUCAGGAAUAAUAUUUUUUAUUAUUGCACAAAUGUGAAAUGAUCUCGUGCUGGCUGCCUGCUGUCAUGAUGAUGAUUAAAUGGCACGUGAAAAUAUGGUCGAGUCACACUUUACAUUUUUGGAAGAAGCUCACUAUCUGCGUUCUGGUGGAAACUCACCGGUUGUGAAUUAGGGCUGAGGCAAAUGAGGUGCUCAAUGCAAAGAGAGAAGAAUUAAAGGAAAAAAAAAGAUGUGGAAAUACAGGAAUUACAUGGGGAAAAAAGGCUUACUAUUAUGAGGGGAAGAAAAUAGUCACUACAGUAAGAAAGUUGUAAUAAUACAAGAAAAAA